UUUUAGUAAUGUUUUUUAGAAUUGUAAAUAAAAAAGAAAUGAAUGAACCGCCUUAUGCUUAUGUAAAAUCAAUCAUCACAAAUAGCUACGGAGGUAUCGCACACAAAAUUCUAUUACUUUUUCAGAAAUGAAGCCAAAUCAGGGAAUCUACGAGAACUCCACAGGAAGUGAUAAGAGUCGCAUACGGAACCGGCCUGGUGACAGAAAAUCAAAACCAAAACAGCCCAUGCUCCCACCAGCAGCAGUAGCCAAAAAACCACUGCCAUUACUAAACAGACCGCAGUUGCCAUUACCUAUCCCAAAUCCACGCCAAACACCAGUUCAACCUGGUAGGGCUAGCAGUUAUCACCAAAUUCUUGAAGAUAGAAAUAAAAAGAAGAAACUUUCUUCGAAAGAAUUAAAUUGUAUUCCUAAAAAGGAAAUAAAUUACCGAACGAUUGCAAGCAACAACGACACUGUUGAUGAACCAAUUUCAUCUUCAGCUAGACGAGAAGAAUCCCUGUAUACAAAUAUAUCGAGUGAUGAAGACGAAUAUGAUGACAUCACCUCAUUUAUUUAUCAAAAUCAGCAGGAUUUGUUAUCUGCAUCAACAGAUGAAACAAAUGAUGAAACAUAUGAUGAUGUAAUUUCUCUACAUUCUAAGGAAGAACCAAACCAAAAAAAUCCACUUUUAUCAGAACUGAUGGGGAAAUUGCGUACAGGAAACAAAAUACAUUCAUCGAGGACACAAUGUAUUCCAAAUGCUUACGUUUUUGACAUUAGUACCUCUCACACAUCUCCUAAGCCACAGGCGGUUAAUCAGAACGAAUAUGAAAAUAAAGAGCAGAUGCAAGGAAUUUUACCUCAAUUUGAAGUUCUUUGGAACUAUCCUUGGUUCAAAGGUAACGCGACCACUGAAGAAGCAGAAGACAUGUUGUGUCAGCUGGGUGAGGAAGGGGCAUUUCUUGUUGUGGUGCAUAAGACGACUUUCAAAUUUCUACUGCUUGUUUAUCACAGAGGACAGAUCGUACAACUUACCAUAUCAAAAGACACAGAUGAAAACUUUAUCCUAGCUGAUUUUUGUAAUCAGAAGUUCAACUCUAUCCCGGAGCUCAUUUUGUUUCAUCGCAAACACGCCAUUAAAUUGCAUCGCUCGCUCGUUUUGCUGACGUUAACAUAAUUCUGUAAAAGUAUAUGCAGUGCCGAGGAUGAUUGCGUAAAAUUCGAAGCUUCAAUUCCAUGGGAAUACAAGUUUUUUUAUAUAAGAACUUCUAAAUUUCAGCUGACGCUGCACUUAUUUUAAAAACAGGCUGGAAUGUUGCGGCUGUGCUUUGUACUCUUCGGCGAAAUAAAAGUUAUCUUUCGGUAAAAGGACACAUAAAUUGGGCGAAAGUGAUUUUAGAAUACAUACAUAGGUUAAAGAUUUUUUUUAGAACCCUCUUUUGUGGUAAUAUUUCGUUGUUAUGGUGGAUAAAUAAAGAUAGAAAGGAAAAAUAGUGUAUUGAGUCACAUCUUUCCAUGAUGUAACUCACUACACAAUUUUUUUUGGAUAAAUUUGUAAAUUAUGUAAAUUUAUAUAAAAUGUAAAACC